CUAUCACAUACGAAGCAGCUUGUAGCCUUGUAUAAGGAGACAUAAAUAUAGUGUUCAUAUCUUGAGGAGAUGCGAUAAUUUAGUAGCAGAGUUGGUGCGGUUUAUGUUGAACAGGAUGUCGUCGCCUAAUUUGGUCUCGGGCAACGCCAUUGCCUAUGUCGCAGGCAUGACCUGCAUAUUUCUUGGAUCGUAUGCAUUAGAGAAAGUGCGAGAACAAUUGAACAGAUCCUUGGACUCUAAUCCCGAAAACUUCCAGGAUGGAAUCACUCUGGAUGCUCUGGGACAGCUUACUCGCAGUGAAAAUGUAGCAUUGCAGAGGAGUGCGGCACAGAUGCUGAUGGACCGCGCCAUGCAUGAUGAGAAUCUUCAGGACAUAGUACUGUCUUGUCAGAAUACCUCAGACCGCCUCGAUCGCCUGAAGGCUUGUACCACUCUAGGGCUCCUUUCGAAGAAUGAUGAAAACCGGCCCAAGAUUCUGCGGUGUGGAGGACUGGAGGCACUUGCCGGGUGUCUGAUUGAUGCCGACAGUGAUUUGACACUCAAGCGUGUCACUAUCAUCGGGGUGUUCGAUCUCAUCUACAACAGUGACGAGAACAAGGAUUGCCUCGUCGAGUUCGGCAUGUUGCCGGCGCUGCUAGAGAUUCUUGAGGUUUGUGUGUAUAACCAUAUGCAGGAAAAUGUAAACACAUGA